AUGGGGCAGAGGGCCCCGGUAGGCCCCGGCCCCCCAGAGCCGUGGUGCCCCGAGGGUCUGGGGGAGCUGCUGGCGGGGGCCCCGGCGGACCUGGGGGCGCAGCGGUGGCACGGCUGGAACCCCGCCGACUGCUCCCACAACAUCCAAGUGCAGGAGGGCGGCCUGGUCUUCGAGCGCAGGCCCGUGGCCCGCACCACCGACGGGGUCCGGGGCAAGCGCGGCUACUGGCGCGGCCUGCACGCCUGGGAGAUCUGCUGGCCCCCGGCCCAGCGGGGCACGCACGCCAUGGUCGGGGUGGCCACGGCCCGGGCCCCGCUGCGGGUGGACCGCUACGCCCCGCUGCUGGGCAGCGACCAGGAGUCCUGGGGCUGGGACAUCACCCGGGGUCACCUCUACCACCGGGCCGAGGCCGCCCGCUAUCCCGCGGCCCCGGGGGUCGCCGCCGUGCCCGCGGAGGUGCCCGAGCGGCUGCUUGUGGUCCUGGACAUGGAGGAGGGCACCCUGGGCUAUGCCGUCGGGGGCACCUACCUGGGCCCGGCCUUCCGCGGCCUCGGGGGUCGCACCCUGUACCCGGCGGUCAGCGCCGUGUGGGGACAGUGCCGCGUCCGAAUCCGCUACCUGGGAGAGAGGAGAGUGAAGCCCCACUCCCUCCUCCACCUGAGCCGGCUGAGUGUGCGGAACAUCCUGGGAGAGGAGCGGCUGGGCCAGGUGGCCACCCUGCCCCUGCCCCCGGCCCUGAAGAGAUACCUGCUGUACCAGUGACCCCUGCCAUACCACCAGACGCGGCCAACACGGACUCCAGGCCCAACCCCGGCGGGCGAGGGGGUGGGUACGCCUUCCCCUGCCCCGCUCCCCACCUUGGGGGGCCGCCCCCAGAACCAUUUUUUCCAUCAUCUUCAACAAUGAAAUCGCCUCAGUACGGGCACCAGACUGGUGUUGCAAGGGGGGCCCAGGGUGGGUACA